UACGAAGAAGAAAGAAUCCGAACAAAAUAUCUGUUUCCCUUUCUCUGCUUCAGUUUCUCAGAAAGAAAAAAAAAUAAUGGCUGAUGGAACAGCAAAUUGCGUCGACAUAAUCUUAGCAAUUAUCCUCCCUCCACUCGGCGUCUUCCUCAAAUUUGGUUGCAAGGCUGAAUUCUGGAUCUGCCUUCUUCUCACCAUAUUAGGAUACUUGCCAGGAAUCAUCUACGCUGUCUAUGCAAUCACCAAGUAAUUAAAGCACUGUUGGAGCAGAUUAAUGGAUGCUUACUGUUUUUUAGAUCUCGCGCGGAUUAUGAUCGGCACUUUUUAGUUUUGUUUUUCAUAUCAUGUAAUUGUUGGUGUUGCUAUUUGAUCUCUCUCCUUCCAUGUUUGUUUAUAUAUAUUCUGUUGCAAUUGAUAGUUUUUUUUUUUGGGAAUUCAAGUUUUGUGUUGUAAUCGAUCUUAUUAAUUAUAUAAUUUAAGUUUUUAGCCGUUUGAUGUA